AUGGGUGGCCGAUGUUGCAGUGGCCACAAGUUCUGUCUUAGGUCAGGCAACCAUACAUUCUGGCCUAGCCGGAUACUGGAUGUCAUGCCUGACCUUUUACACGGCGAGAGUGUUACCAUUGUUUUGAGAGAGAGAUCCGACUUCCAUGCCAAUGUAGAAGCAGCUAUGCAGGGUCCCCGAGAUCGUUAUGGAACUCUGAGCCAUCGCUGGGGCCUAAUCCACCUCAUUAUGACCACAAAAUCCACCAUCGAGUGUCACAAAAGGGGUAUAAAGCUAGAUGAACUCCCGAAGACAUUCAAGGACACUAUUUCAAUUUUUCGAUCCCUGCACAUUCGCUACGUAUGGAUUGAUAGCCUUUGUAUAGUUCAAGAUGAUGUCCAGGAUUGGCAAAGAGAAUCGGCUCAAAUGGCGGCGGUGUAUUCGAACAGUUAUCUCAAUAUCGCUGUCACUGCUGCAGCUGAUAGUAAUGAAGGUUGUUUCUACUUACGAACAGUGAAACAUGGCACUUCGGCUGCAGAACCGCGAUCGAUCCCCAUCGUUGGAACGAUUCAUCAGAGAUACAAUACUGGCAAUACGCAAGAUUCUGCAUCCUCUGAUACUGAAGCGAUGCCACUACUAUCGAGAGCAUGGGUCUUCCAAGAGCGACAACUAGCUCCACGAACUGUGCACUUCCAUCCUUCGGAGCUGAUCAUGGAAUGCAACUCUGCUUUCCGCUGCGAAUGUGCUGAUUUGGAGAACGUGCAUGAUAUGUCCAGAUACAAUCUGGCUGGUCUCAGCUCUGUUGACAUCAGCAAUGUUCAUAAUCGAUGGUUUUAUUUAGUCCAGGAGUACUCGACUCUAAACCUUACGAGAUCUUCAGGCAGGCUGGUAGCUCUCAUGGGUGUGGCAAAAACCUUUCACGAUCGUCUUUCCUGCCAAUACGUAGCAGGGAUCUGGACAAGUGAUAUUGCUAGAGGACUCCUAUGGCAUGUGAGAAAACCCGUGAGGGCUAUUUGGGAUCGUAAGAGCAAGGGAAUUGUACAUCGACUUCCAGACGCACUGAGCUUCGCCCCGACAUGGUCUUGGGCAUUUUUGAUACUCGAUCAGGCAGGUACUUCUAUUAAUUUUACAGCGCUCAAAGAUCCCACCUUGAAGCAACACAAGCUUUUUAAAUAUGUUGCUACGAAUAUACCAGAGUCGAUAACAGAUUUCUUCUCGACAACCGAACCUCCGUUCUUGAUGGUUCGAGGAUUGCUGACUAUGGCAAAAAUAUACCAUAGACGGAAACAAGGCCCCUUAGGAAAAGAUGCUACACUCGAGUUCACAGUCCAAGGGAGAUCAAAAAAAGUAAAGCUUGGUUUCGAUCUCGACGUAACUGAUCGUCGAAGCACUGGUGUAAGAAGUGGUAUUAUGGUGUAUUGUUUACUCAUUGGCACCGCCGAACAACGCUAUGUGGAUAAUUCCAUUAGAAUACCAUGGUUAUUAAUUCUGGUGUGCGCUCUAAAGAGCAAUGGAGACUAUGAGCGCUUGGGUAUUUGCGAUGGUCCUACUGGUACCAGAAUAUUUGAAAAUGCCCCUGAGAAGACUUUGAAAUUAGUGUAA